AAAACCAAAAUCACAAUAAAACAAAAGUUGCCCGGUUGCCCUCUUUGGCCGUUGCUGAUACCAUGUGCAUGCACUUUUUCCAUUGCCAGCGGUUGCUUCGCUCGUACGGUUUGCUCAUUUGUUUCAAAUGAUUCUUCCUUCAAGGGCCAAUAACGCCGCAAGCAGCACAUACUCAGGGCUAUCCGAUCGCUUUUAAUGGCGCAACCAGCACAACAACCCCAAGGUCCACAACCGCUGGCACGGUAUCGAGCAGUGCCUGCGUGCCACCUUCUCUUCCCGGCUGCUCCGCACGGAUCCGCUCCGAGUGAUUUUUGACGUUUCAAACUGAAACCCAAUCUGCGUAACGCAUUGGAUCGGUUGUGGGCACCCGCCGCAGAACUAGCAUAGCCAGUCUGCAAAGCGAGCGGAAAGGCCGCGAAAACCGCAAAAUUUCAAGCUGACACAUGGAAACAGUUGUGCGACUCACCCGAUGGAGUCGCCGCGCGUUCGGGCGCCUAAAAAGUCGGGUUCGCCACAAGCUUACCUACCCUAGGAUCGUGUUCUACUCCCUAGUUUACAAUGAGUUCGCCGAUAUUUAUUACGUCGGGGACACGUUCAUGGAACCGUUGUUUUGGAUUGUGGACCACUUCGCGAAAGCUAUGGGACCGAUAUUUGUCACCACCAUCACUAUUGUUGCCUGUACAAUCAUCACCAUCGCCUACACCAUCGGCAUUCCAUACUGGUGGCAAAGGAACACAUGGAUCCUGGCAAUAGCAUUAGUCAUUGGCCACUGGCUGCUAGUCAACAUCGUCUUCCACUACUGGAUGGCACUCACCACAAACCCUGGCACUCCUCCAGAGGGCUCCCUUCUGCCAGAGGUGGUGUCCAUAUGCAAGAAAUGCAUAGCGCCAAAACCACCUCGCACGCACCACUGCAGCAUCUGCAAUCGCUGCGUCCUCAAAAUGGAUCAUCAUUGCCCUUGGCUAAACAAUUGUAUUGGCCACUUCACACACCGCUACUUCUUCAUGUUCUGCUCCUACAUGCUACUGGGCAUAAUGUUCCUCAUGGUGUUCGGCUACAAAAUUGCCUACGAUGAGUACUUUAGCAAGCCCACCACGCUACCCCUCAACGUAUCCGUGGCAGCAGAUGCAGUGAACGUCACAGUGCCAACGGCCCCAACCAAGAACUCCAGAGAUUUUGCCAGGCGGUACUACAUCACCUUCACGGCGCUCGUGUGCAUCGGAGUUUUUUUUGCCCUGGGAGCGCUCACCAUGUGGCACGCUCGCCUUAUCACCAAUGGUGAGACCAGCAUCGAGGCCCACAUCAACAAGAAGGAGCGCAUACGGCUGGGCAAGGAGGGCAUUGUCUACGUGAACCCGUAUGACUUUGGACCCAGGAGGAACUGGAGGCGGUUUCUGGGACUCACUCAUGGCCGCACAUGGCGCCACUUGCUCUGGCCGUCUGCACAUCCACCGGAGGGCAGUGGACUCACGUGGGACACGAUCUACCAGACCGGAUGACCUCCACCUGCCAAGUUCCGUCCGGCGUCUCUCGAGAUUACUCGCUCUGGGAAUGUUCCUUCGGAGGCACACUGCACCCGCGCAACUUUAGAAAGUAACUGGGCCGACGGUUAGCACCCAAGUGAUCAUGCUACGUCGCCGUUCCAGGCAUCAGUUCGUUGCUUGGCGACUGUUUUCCGUCGGCCUGCGAAGAGAAAAAACAAAACAAAAUCACUUGCCAUCAUUGAAAUGAUUCUGAAGUGGGUGGAAAACAAAGCAUACCUUGGGAAGCUUGCUCCCUUUGCCAAAUAACUAAGUCAACAAAACUGAAAUAAAGUUGUCCUUACAAUUUUGA